AUGUCCAGACUAUCGCGGCUCCACGAGCUGCUCAUCGUCAAACGAACGGAACGAGAUGGCGUCGCUCGUCCAGUUGACAUGCUGGACAAUGACUCAAUUCGACCGACACCAGUCAAAGACAGAACAUGGUCGCAACUCACGUAUAUCAUGUUCUGGUUCUCUGCGACGGCAAAUGUUAGCAAUCUGUACACUGCUUCUACGGGAAUGGCCAUGGGAUUGACCAUGUGGGAAGCGAUCGGGUGCUCUUUCAGUGGACAGAUUCUCGCCGGUAUCUUGAUGGCUCUGAAUGGCCGCGCUGGGGCGAUGUAUCGCAUUCCGUUCCCUGUUCUUUGUCGCGCCAGUUUUGGUCACUGGGGAGCAUUGUGGCCGACUUUCAAUCGUGCUGCCAUGUCAAUUGUAUGGAACGGCGUCAAUACCGUGCAGGGAGCACAGUGUUUAUACGUCUUCCUCCAUGCUAUUUUCCCAUCUAUUGAGAAUAUUCCUGAUAAAAUGGGAUCGAAGUCAGCUUUGACUUCAGCACAGAUGAUGUGCUUCUUCGUCUAUUGGCUUAUCAAUUGCGCAUUCCUGGUAGUGCCCGUGCCAAAGAUGAAAUCCCUGGUCUACAUCAAAGUCGGGGUCUAUUAUGCUGCAGCCUUCGCCAUGGUUGGAUGGACUGUAUCCCUCGCUGGUGGCUCUCUACAGACAAUCAAUGCGCCCUCAGAAAAAAAGGGCAGCGAAAAAAGUUAUCUCAUUUUCAAAUUCGUCUUCUUGGGUCUCGCUAGUUGCGGAACCUUCAUUUCCAAUGCAUCUGACCUCCAGAGAUAUGCUAGAAAGCCCAAUGACGUUCUCAUUGGUCAAAUUGUCAGCUUCCCAGUGUCUAACUUCCUAGUUGCCAUUUUGGGAAAUCUCAUCGCAUCCGCUAGCAAAGCCGUCUUUGGAGAGCUCAUUUGGAGUCCAUUGGUGUUCUUGGACAGAUUAAUGGAGGGGGAGCGAUACACCUCCGGCAAUCGCGCUGCCUGUGCCAUCAUUGCGCUAGCAUUCGUUUAUUCCACCAUCUUCUCGGCCAUUUUUGAGAACUCAAUCCCUGCGGGCAAUGACAUUGCAGCCCUACUACCAAAAUACAUCACUAUCAAACGAGGUUUCUUCAUUUGCGCCGUCCUUUCUUACGCUAUCUGUCCCUGGUAUCUUCUUUCAUCGGCCUCAAUCUUCAUCACAUUCCUCUCUUCCUAUCAGAUCUUCCUAUCAGCAAUUGCCGGAAUUCUCAUCUGCGACUACUACCUAAUUCGCCGGGGUCUACUGGAUAUCCCAGCCCUCUACGUCACAAGCCCAAGUCCGUACUACUUCCUUCACGGAUUCAACCUUCGAGCUUUCCUAGCCUACAUCGUAGCUAUCGCGCCCAACUUCUACGGCUUCCUUUUCCAGAUGGGCGUCAAGGCACCCAUUGGUAUCCAGCGGUUCUACUACAUUGCCUACCCUACUGGCUUGUUCAUCGGGUUCGGCGCCUAUUACUUGGUUUCUCUGGCUUUCGUCCCACCUGGAAUGAAGGAGGCAUCCGGAUGGAUGGAGCCGAAGGACUUUGUGGAGGAUGAGGAUGUUUCCGGGAGUGAUGGGUUCAUUGAUGCUGUUGAUCCAGGCUCCACGGAGAAGAGUGCUUCAGUUUCUACGCAGGCAUAUGGGGAGAAAAGUGCAUUUUAA